AUGGCGACUCCAGUGACUCCAGCUUCCGAAGCACAGGAGUCUUCACCGUACUCCUGGGCUGAGCGGUGGGAUGCAUCCCCGUCAGCGCAGGACCGCAUACGCCGCUGCAACCUUCUCCGUGUGCUGCUUGUCUGGCGACAAGACAUGUUGCUACCCGCGCAGGUUCACAGCCCUGCAGUCUAUGAAUCCAGCUCCCGGAACUCCACGCUUACUGACCCUAUCCAGAUGGCGCCAAUCACCUACGGAACGGGAGGCGCCGCUCCUGCAACCUGGCAGCCGCCCGCCAUGCCAUCGUACGGCUGGCAAAAGCCGCCUGGGGCAGCUUGGGGCUGGCCACAGUGGGGAGCUGCAGCUACCGGGCCGGUCCACGGCGUGCCAGGCGGGCUUCUCUCCCACCAGAGGCUCGCUGGAAUGCAACAACGGCCGCCUGAGCAGCAGCGUGCCAUGGCCGGCAGCACUCCGCAAGUCGGAUUGGCUGCCUGGCAGCAGCUGGAACAAGCAGCAAUCCAAGGAAAGGUCUAG